CAAAAAAUGCCAUUCGUUCAAAACGUUACUAGAAUUGGUGACGUGCACGUACUAAUAGCGAGUAAAUCGCACGCGUAUUAUUGCAAAAUACGUGGAUAUGAAACGGAAAUAAACUUUCAAGUUCGAGCCGGUGGCGCCUGCGUUUGAUGAACGCGGCAACGAGGUAUAUACGGAACGCGAGUGGUUUUACGUUAAUAUAGUGACACGUGCUGUCUACCGGUGGCUUCCGCAUGUGUUAAAUAAUGAAUUAAAGUUCGACUAAAUGCCUUAAAAAAACAUUCGCGAUGAAACCGUCGAACAGUCAACUAUCGAACGGCACUUCAAACAACAUCCAAGAAGUCAGCGAUGACAACGGAAAAGUUAAAUUGCAACGUAAGAUCACCCUACUGAAUGGAGUCGCUAUUAUAAUAGGAACAAUUAUCGGCAGCGGCAUUUUCAUAUCGCCCACAGGAGUUUUUCGAAGUACGGAAUCGGUCGGAGUAUCUAUUAUCGUAUGGUGUCUAUCGGGACUAUUUUCAACCCUCGGCGCGUUGUGCUACGCGGAAUUGGGUACCUCGAUUACACGCUCUGGAGGCGACUACGCGUACAUUUACGUAGCGUUUGGACCACUUGCGGGAUUCUUGAGGCUAUGGGUAGCACUUCUUAUUAUAAGGCCGACGACGCAGACAAUUGUUGCGCUCACGUUCGCACAGUAUGCCGCUAAACCCUUUUUUCCUGUUUGCGACCCUCCAGAGUCCGCAGCGAGACUUCUUGCCGCGGCUUGUUUGUGUCUGCUGACUGCAAUAAACUGCUUGAGUGUACGAUGGGCGAUGAGAAUACAGAGCGUUUUUACAUUCGCCAAACUAUUCGCUCUUGUGGGAAUUAUUUUGAUUGGAAUAUAUUAUAUGGGCGCAGGAGAAGUGAAAAACUUUGAUAACGCAUUCGAAGGAAAAUUUGGACCGAUUGACUUGGCCCUCGCGUUUUAUUCUGGAUUAUUUGCGUUCGGAGGCUGGAAUUACCUCAAUUUUGUAACCGAGGAGUUACAAGAUCCAUACAAGAAUCUUCCUAGAGCAAUCUGGAUAGCACUACCCACAGUUACCAUAGUUUACGUACUUGCAAAUGUAGCUUAUUUUUCGAUGCUAUCAAAAAGUGAAAUGCUGAGCUCGGCCGCUGUCGCAGUGACUUUUGGCAGUAAAACUAUAGGAUCGUUAUAUUGGGUCGUUCCCAUUUUCGUCGCGUUAUCAACUUUCGGUGGAGUAAAUGGAAUAUUAUUUACGUCGGCUCGUCUCUUCCUAAUUGGCGCGCAGGAGGGUCAUCUACCGCAAGCCUUUUCGCUAAUUCAUAUACGACGAAUGACACCCAUACCUUCAUUGCUAUUCACAUGCGCAGCGUCUCUACUGAUGCUGUUCGUUAGUGACAUAUUCGAACUCAUUAACUACUUCAGCCAGAUUCUGUGGUUCUCUGUCGCUGCUAGUAUUGCUGGAAUGCUGUGGUUGAGAUACAAGCAACCGAAUCUACCAAGACCAAUUAAAGUUAAUUUAAUUAUUCCGAUACUUUUUAUCGUUUGUUGCCUAUUUCUGGUUUUAUUUCCUAUUCCGUACAGUCCGAAGAAUAGUCUGAUUUGUUUAGCCAUAACCCUUUCAGGAAUUCCAGUUUAUUACGUCUUUAUCAAGUGGGAUAUUAAACUUUUAAGAACUUGUGCUUACACAAACAGAAUAACGGAAUUUUUGCAGCGCGCUAUGGAAGUAACCUUUUCCGAAGAAAUGGAAGGAAAGUUAUCUGAUAAAUGAUAUGCAUCAGCUAUGUUUGACCAGAGGGAUCAAAUUUAUACAUAUACCAAACUGGUUUCAUUAAUGGGUAGCAUAUGUGAGGCUAUGUUUUCGGCAUUAAAACAGUAUUUUUGUACUUGAUCUUUGACAUUAUGUUAAGUGUUUUUACAUGAUUUUUACGCUUACCAAUUUGGUUUAGUUUUACACAUUGUACUUACUUCUAAGUUUAGUUAAUAAUUAAUUUUAUAAAUGGUAGCCACAGUUUUGUAAUAUAUUCUUAAUGGUUGUGUC